AUGGACUGGAAUAAUCUGCUCUCCAAGGCCACCUCCAUCCCCAAAUUCCUCCCCGACAAGCUCGUGGACUGGCUUUUCUCCUGCGCCCAGUCCGAGUACUCCCUCAUCAGCGGCGUCGAAGACGAGAUCGACAAGCUCCGAAGAACCAGCGAGCGGAUCCACCACCUCCUCACCGACGCCGAGGAGCGCCGCUACAUCGAGGACAAGUCCGUUAAGAGCUGGCUCCUCGAACUCAAAGACGUCGCCUUCGCCGCCGACGAACUCCUCGAUCGCCACCAGACACAGCUCAAACUCUCCUCCCUCGACCAGAGCAGCGGCGAGGCCGGCCCAUCCCGCAAGCGAAAGCGCUCCUGGUCUCUCCUUUCCCUCGGCCUCGGCCAUGAGCCAGUUCUUCUCCAGCGCCGGACACUGGCGACCCAGAUAGCCAAGAUCAACGAGAGGUUAGAGGAGAUCGCCAAGGCCCGGAAGAAAUUCCGUCUGGAGGCCGGAGACGGGAGGAGAAGGGGGCGAACGGGAGAAAGCUCGCCUCCUUCUCAAUCCGUGGCCUCUUAUGAGUGGUCUCAUGUCGUCGGCCGAGAAGAUGAGAAGGCAGAGAUUGUUACAGCAUUGACGUCGGAUCAUCGAAUCCUCCUCCCUGUUCUUCCGAUCUAUGGAGCUCCUGGAAUCGGUAAGACCACUCUUGCUAAAUUAGUCUACAAUGACGCUCAAGUGGAAAAUUAUUUCGAUUUGAGGAUUUGGGUUGGUUUGUCCAAAGGAUUUGAUGUGAGAAGGGUAACGAAAGAGAUUAUAGAAGCUGUAGACGACGGGGAGAAAUGUAAUAUAUCCAGCCUGGACGCUCUGCUGCGUCACCUCAGCUGCAAGGUGAGUGGGAGAAAGUUCUUGCUGGUGCUGGAUAACUUGUGGGCUGAGAAUUUCCAGUUCUGGGAGACGCUGCGGCUUCCAUUGGUGGCUGGAGGCAUUCCCGCUCGGGUGUUCGAGCCAACAUCCGAAUUUGGAAAAGAUCAGCAAGAGGAUCGUGCAGAGGUGCCAAGGAUCCCUCUGGCAGCAAAGUUGCUUGGUUGCCUCCUGUACAAUGUGACAGAGGAAGAUGCGUGGGAAGACAUGCUAAUUGAAGUGUGCUCAUUGGAAGAGGAUAAAAAUAACAUAUUGCCAAGCUUAAUGAUCAGUUAUAAUCAUUUGAAUUAUCAUCUGAAGCAGUGUUUUAAGUACUGCUCUAUGUUUCCUAAUGGUUAUGAGUUUGAUAGGGAUGAACUGGUCAGGUUGUGGAUGGCAGAAGGUUUGAUCCAGCGCAGUGGGAGCAGAAGUACUCUGGAGGUGAUAGGCGGCAGGUACUUUGAUAAUCUAUUGUGGAGGUCAUUUUUUGAAGUCUCUGGUAAUCAAGGACAGAAACAGAAAUAUAGAAUGCCGAGCCUCAUCCAUGAUCUAGCACGAUUAGUUUCUAAACCUGAAAGUUUGGUUGUGGAACAUGGUGUUUCAUGUGAUAAACCCGAAUGGGUGCGUUAUGCAUCCUUGUUUCAUCAAAAUGAUCAGGAGACGGUAGCAUUCGACAAACUAUACAGAUAUGAAAAAUUGCGGACUUUUAAAUUGUAUGGAGAGUUUAGAGUGGGUGUGAAGCAGGUCCCAGCAGAUCUAUUUCUUAAAUUAACAUGCUUGCAGGUUUUAGAUCUCAGCUUUAGCGAGAUAGAAGAAUUGCCGGAUUCAGUUGGUGAUUUGAUACACCUGCGAUAUCUUGGCCUUUACAGAACUGAAAUCCAAAGGCUGCCUGAAUCAGUUUGCUGGCUUUACAAUCUGCAGACCCUGGAGCUUGGUGAGUGCUUCAGGCUCCAAGAGUUACCAAAAGGAACAAGCUACAUGGUUAACCUACGGCAUCUUGGUUUGCAUGUUGACUGGGAGACAGGUGCCGAUUCGAUGAUGUCCAUGCCACAGAGAAUUGGAAAGUUAACUUCGUUGCAGACAUUGUCAAGAUUCAUUGUGACUUCUGAGAAUGGAUGCAACGUACGAGAGCUGAAGGACUUGAACCUUCGAGGAGAGCUUUGCAUCUCAAAGCUAGAAAAUGUUGUCGAUGUGUCGGAUGCUCAAGAGGCCAAUUUGAGUAGGAAGCGAAUUGAUAAUUUGAAGUUGCAAUGGAGCAAUACAAUCAAUCCCACUGGUCAACAGGGUGGGAGUGAUUGCGAAAGGGUUGUUGCAUGUCUCUGCCCUCAUAUCAAACUCAAAUGUCUUUGGAUAGAGAACUAUCCUGGCAGCAAUUUUCCAGAUUGGGUAGGGGACAGUUCUUUCUUGCACUUAGAGACUUUGAGACUCUCCUGCUGCAAGAAUUGUAAACAACUCCCAUUGAUAGGGCGGCUACCUCGUCUCAGAAAUCUGUGGAUAAAAGGUAUGCAUGGAAUAAGAAGCAUGGGAAAUUUUGUGGGAUUUCAAUCUCUAGAGAAGCUUACAUUAUCAGACAUGCCUAAUUUGGAGAGACUUUUUGAAGUGGAAGGUGGUGAGAUUCCUAGGCUCCGCGAACUCUCCAUGUUGCAUUGCCCUGAACUGAGAGAACUGAUUGUCCUUCUUCCUAUGCUUGCGAAAUUGAAGAAAAGAAACUCUGCAUCAAAACAAUUGCUUUGCCUAGUGUUCGGUAGGCCCCAAAAUUAUGAGCUUGAUAAGGACGAAUUGGUCAAGUUGUGGAUGGCAGAAGGUCUCAUCAAGCCAGAGAGGCUUUGUGAGAACAAAUGA